AUGGAAGAAGCACUGGACGUAGUCCCUGUACCCCAAAUUUACAAGGCUUUACCAACACUAUCGAUGGAGGACGUGAAGUGGCAGACGAUGAGAUCUUCCCGGUUAGAAAAACUGUGGCGCAGACCGGACCACAGCCCGAAGUCUGUGAGGGACUUGCACGCACCAGACGAUGCGCAAUACCUGAAGCUGCUCCCGGGCGGGGAUUGGCUUGCGAUCAUCGCGAGUGAUGCCACUGUGCAUCUACAGCAUGUAACAGAAUCAGAUCCACGGGUUUCCCAAAAAGGCGUCGGCACUCAUCUGCGUGAGUUGUGCUGCGAAAUCUCGCAUACGCAGGACUUCGAUUUGUUGUUACUCAUUACCGGUAAAAGUGUAGUGCGCGGGAUCAGUCAUCUGCUCCUCUACCGGAUAGACACCGAGAUUGCUUGCAUGGAUCUCCUUGUUGAACGCCAGCUCCACACUAGCAUCCUUGCCGCUUCCGCUUCAUUCAAUUUGCUUGCUUUCGCUACCGGCUGUGAGGACAUGGAAAUUGUUCAUAUUCAAAAAAUCCAUGGCAGCGGUGAACAACGGUACAGGGAGCUUCUCUGGAACGUGGGCAUCACCUCGAGUUUUCAGGACUCCACGCUGUCGAUAAUUACACCCUCGCAAAUUCUCAUAUGUUGUGAUCUCGGUUUCUCGUUAUACGACGUACCUUCUUCUGACAUGGUACAAUUCGAGAAUAUGCAGGACAGCGACACCCUCGUGGAAGACGGAUCAGCGCAGGACGGAGAUGGUCCACGCGUAAUAUCUGUAGAGCCGUCGUGGUUUCUGAAGUAUGGGCUGAUUCUGUGCCCUCCCGUUGUGGUCCCCAUUCCCUGGAACCCCGCUGACCUCGAGGACUCGAAAGUGGCUUUUGUUCUGGACUACCAUAUUUUUCAUGUGCUCAACCUUUCAUCGACAUCGCCAUCCCAUCGAGCUACAUCUUUGCCAGUCAAGGAUUGCGGCGAUCUGACCUCAAUAGGAACCCAUCGCGGCGUGUGGUGGAACGAGGAUAAAUGCGCUGCUGAUCCCCAGUUACUGAAGUUGCGGACGUGUACUCUACCUCGUGUUCCCACAUCGCAGCGAUGCCUAGAAGAUUAUACUGAAGAGGAGUUUUCAGUCCAGGUAGGGUCCUUGCUGGUCCCGUGGAAGGAUAAGCAAGACCUAGAAUUUGUCACUAUGGACGAGUGGUCAGGUCGUGUGUGUCUCCUGCUAAAGUCAGAUGGGCCUAGUCGGCGCAUUGUCAUGGUAGACGCUUGA